CGAAACGCGCUGUAAGCCGGAAGCCCUACCCCAGAACAUAUAAUCCUCGGUGGUCGAGAUUCCUCGCCCUUUUUGGUUCGCUACUGCUGCUGGAGGUUUUACAGGCUUUUCGCUGCGAUGGGCGCAAAUGGCCCAGAGGAGUCGGGUCUCCUCAAGCCCUUCACCCCACUUCUGGCCCAGCCUGCGGAGACGCUGCCGCCGUAUACGCCUGCAUCCGAGCCGCUCGCGCGCGUGCCUCUAUAUCCAGAAGAAGCCUCAGCAGCAGCCACGCGUGUGGCCGUGACGGGGGCCACUGGUUACGUGGCCGGGAACGUCGUGGCGCGCCUGCUGGCGGCGGGGCACAUCGUGCACGCCACCGUCAGGGACCCAUACAAUGAGGCCGCUGUCGCGCCGCUGAAGGCCCUGCCCGGCGCGGCGGAGCGCCUGAAGCUGUUCAAAGCCGACCUGCUGUCGGAGGGCAGCUUCGACGGUGCCGUGUCGGGAUGUGAGUACGUCUUGCACACCGCUUCGCCCUUUAGCAUGAAUGUGCGGCCGUCCCAGUCGCGGGCGCUGCUCAUCGAGCCAGCCGUGAGGGGCGUGGAUAAUGUGCUCGCCGCUGUGGAGCGGUCGCCCAGCGUGAAGCGCGUGGUGCUCACCUCCUCCAUCGCGGCUGUGGUGCUGAGCACGCCGGAGCAGGCCCGGCCGGGCACGCACUACUACGACGAGUCCAGCUGGAACAACGCGGCAAGCGAGUCGGUCAUCCCGUACGCGUACAGCAAGACCCUGGCGGAGAAGCGCGCGUGGGAGCUGUGCAAGCAGCAGAGCAGGUGGUCGCUGGUGACGAUUUGCCCGGGGUUGGUGCUGGGGCCGCCUGUGAGCAGCCGCAGUGACAGCGAGAGCAUUCGCCUCGUCACCCGCAUGAUGCGCGGGGAGAUGUGGCCGGCGGCGCCGUGGGCCGGACUGAACUUUGUGGACGUGCGCGACGUGGCCGCUGCACACACCCUGGCCAUGAGCCACCCCAAGGCCGAGGGCAGGUACAUUCUGAGCAGCUGCGACGCCAUGCUGCACGACCUGCCGGGCGCAGUCAGCCGCCUGUACCCGGGCGGCCGGCUGGCGCCACCGCGGUUCUUCCUGCCGCGCUGGCUUGUGUGGCUGGUGGCGCCGCUGGCCGGGCUACCGCGGGACGUGGUCCAGUUCUCGGUUGGCUUCCGGUGCGUGAUGAACACGGCCAAGGUUCAGAACCAGCUCGGUCUGCGUUUCGUGGCGCCGGCCUUGACCCUACGAGACAUGAUUGAGGACCUGGCCGCCCGGGGGCUCAUUGCACACCCCAAGCCAGCGGUCGCUGCGCACGUGCUCGCCGCGGCCAAACAGCAGCAGUAAGAGCAGCAGCCGCGAGGGUACCUGGGGUGGCCAUCUCCGGCGAGCAGCGGGGGAUGAACAGCAGCCAUUGCCGUAUCGGGUCACCCCAGGGGCCCAUGCAUGAGCAUGGGGUUUGGUGUGCAUUGGGAUGUCACUUGCGGCUAUUCUGUCAGCUGAUUUUAUUUUAGCUCACAAGCGCUGCAACGCAUGGUGACACGCCAAACGUCUGGGGUAUUCAGGGCUUCACGCGGCUGUAGUUCGUCACCUUAACUUGCAGCUACUGCAACUCCUGAGUUGUAUCCAUUCCGGUUCUUUCUUUUGUGCAAAGCACUUGGAUGUUGACAACAACACAAGAGCUAUCAAUUAAGUAAAGCGGGAUGUCAAAGGAGUUGUGGGUUGUUGGCUUCCCCUGGCGAGGGCUGGUGUGUGCACCCGGGCCCAUCGCCCUCUGAAUAUACUGCACAAUUUUCAAGCACACGUCUAAUAGCGCAAGUUGGGCACUGAAGUAAGCCACUGUGCAUCUUGCGCACAGAACUGCAGGCCCGUACUAGACUGUGGUUGGCCUUCAACAUGGGUCCCAACGCAGAUGGCUUUCCAAUGAGGGUCCAAUGAGAAUUGCCUUGGGAGAAGUUUUCAUGUAAGCUUUAAGACACGGCAUUACUUCCUGCCGUGUGCUGCAUUGCGGGGGAACGCACCCGCAUUGACAAAGGUGUGUCAAGUAGGGUGUGAGCGGCGGCUUUGGGAAGCGUUUGACAGGAUGUGUCUAAGGCGGUGGUUGCUUCUAUGUAGCAGCUAAGUUCAAAAUGCCGACAGUACAUGCUGAAAGCGAAGUAAGGGAUGGGGCAUACAAUGAUGGGGCAGUGACGAUAUGCGGACGGAGAUCAUAAUUGUGACCUUGCUGAGGUUCGGGUCUUGGGAUUCUGGAGGAGUGGGUUGUUGGGUGUGUUUGGAAGGCGGAGUAAGACCAAGCCAGCGCAGGUAAUGCUGACGGCGGUUGGCUAGUAGAGAUUUAACGACUUGGCAGGAUGACACUUUGGAGCACACGGGAGGCCUGACGUAUGAGCCACGCAGCAAGCUGGUGUUGCUCUGUGUGGCUCAUGUGUGUAGGCGGUGCAGCGCUGAGCACACGGGUAGCCUGGCGUUGCCAGUGGCACGCACGUCUGAUGCUCCCUUGGCGAACGUGCGGCAAGGGAGACACGGGCAGCUUAAGGAUGGUGCGGUUCGCGCGUGCACGUGACGGCUAGCGAGGAGGGCAUGCGGUGCGGUUGUUUAGCCCUUGUAGGUGCGCGAGCGGCGUUUGGCCGAUUGCGCAUCGGACCCUGUCGCCCCUUACUCUGGGAGCACGAGGCGGCAGCCAGCACAGGGGGCGUUGCUGUUGUGAGUGCGGCCGUGAAGGAGAGCAGCAAUGGGUUAAGUCGGGAUGGAAUCCCACUUUAAGCAUGGGCGCUGCCCGGCGUGGCGAAGUAGGUUUUGCCGUGCGCGUGUGGGAGGCAUGGCGUCGUGGAGCCCACAUGCCGGUACAGCGCGGCUGCGCGGGCCGCGUGAGCCGCACUUUCCGACCUGGAAAGUGGUGGUGAGGUGCCAGGGCGCGGACAGGCGCCGGGCGUGUGGGCCACAGGGUCUCUGAUAGCUGAGGACGCCGUGAAGCAGGGAUUGUUUCAUCACCCACCCAGCAGAGGCGUAUCGGUGCAUCGUUAGCAGGAAAUUAUCCCCUGACUGUUGAUGAAGAUGCCAACUUUUGUGGGAUGUAGGCCUGUAGGGUUUCGACCACGAAUGCACAAUGCUGCUGAGGUGCGAUACGCACCCAGCAAGCUGCAAAUCAAGUCCCCGCAUAGUGGAAGGCAGGCAAAUGCAGACCUCGCGGGUGUAACCACUGCAUCGU